AUGACCAAAAGAGUAGGGGAUUAUGAACUUGGAGCUAUUCUGGGCUAAGGAGCAUUUGGAAUUGUUAGGAGUGCUAUUAAUGUCACAACAAAAUAAGAGUUUGCUAUUAAGAUUAUUGAUAAAGAAAAAAUCAAGAGAGAAGAAUUAAUUGAAAGUCUCAAAAAGGAAAUUCACAUACUAAUGAUCAUCAAUCAUCCAAACAUUGUCAAAUUAAUAGAAGUGUUGGCGAGCAAAACGAAGAUUUACCUGGUGUUGGAAUGGAUUAAAGGAGGAGAAUUAUUUGAUAUGAUUAGAAAUAACAAAUAUAUACCAGAACCAUAAAUGCGCAAAUACUUUAGGUAGAUUAUAAGAGCCAUUCGAUAUUGCCAGUCCAAAUCAAUAGCUCAUAGAGAUCUCAAACCAGAAAAUAUUCUCAUUUGCAAUCAAACAGAUUAAAUAAAAGUCAAUGACUUUGGUCUCAGUUCUCUCUUUCAAGAUCCAAGUAAUCUUAAUAAUGAAUUAUACACUACAUGUGGUACAGUCCAUUAUCUAGCACCAGAAGUUAUUUAAUCUUCUGGGUAUGAUGGACAUAAAGCAGAUAUCUGGUCACUUGGUGUGAUUCUCUAUUUUUCAUGUGCUGGAUAUUUGCCAUUUGAGGAUGAUAAUGUAGCAAUUCUUUUAGAUAAUAUUAUCACAGCAUAAUAUUUCCCAUUUCCCAAAUAUUUUACUACAGAAUUGAAGGAUCUACUUUCAAAACUAUUAGUCACUCAUCCAAAUAAGCGAAUAACUAUUGAGAAUAUUAUUUAACAUUAAUGGUUUCAAACUGAUAUCUCAAAAGAAGAAUAAUAGUGGUUUAUAUAAGAUGAGUUUCCUACUUAGCCAUAGGAGUUUGCUCAUCAUUUAUUGACAGUGCCUACAAAUCAUAUAAAGGGUAAUUUGAUUGAUAAUCCAUCAUUUAUAAGGUAAAUGAAAGGAUUUGAGUUGAUCUCAUUUUUGACUGGCAAAGUUGUUAGUCAAUUGCCCAAUGCUAAAAAUCAAUCGAGUUCAGAAUCUUGCUUGACUAUAAAAGGAUAACCUGAAUUAAUUAUUAAGAAUAUUACAGAAUAUUUCCUAAUGAAAAAACCAGUUUCUAUAAAGCAAGUACAAAAUAAGGAUACAUUUAAAAUUCAAAUCAUGUAUAAGUUCAAAUCAGAAAUCAAAAUUUGUGUAGAAAUCUUGUGGUUGAUAAGAAAUAAAUAUCUCUUAAAUUUUCAAUUAUUAGAAGGUUUUUCAGAUAUUUACAAUGUAUUUCUCAAAUAAACUGUUUUUGAAUUAAGUAACCUUAAAUGUUGA